GAUAGCACAUGCUCACAUCUGUGGGACAGGCACGGCAAACUUCAGAGACAAGCACGUGUCCCCGAAGCCUGUGGAGGGGAUUUUUUGUGGUAUUCACAGACUGUUUCAUGUGUCAAUACGAGAGGAGCGCAAUUACCAGCUGAGAAACUGCAGGAAAUAAGCCAAGGUUGAAUGAACGAAAUGGAAAAUAAAGAGAAGUGCAGAGGACACACACAUUUUAAAACUAUUACGGAGGUAUGUAUUCACGUGCUCAUGGGAGCCUGGGAAUAUAUAAGAGCUCAUGACUGCGAAGGAAUGAAUUCAAGGACCAGUCUAUGGGGAAUAUUUUUUUUCCCUGUGACUUCAAACUUCUCUCGGAGCUCGCAGAGUUUUAGUCAGCUGGCAUGCAACAGAGGUACGACUUCCCCAAGGAAACUCUUCCUCGGCUUGCGCUGGAAAGGCUGCUGGGAGAGUCCGGGAGGCAGAAGGCUGCAAGCAGAGGCAAAACCUCCUCCUUCUCCUCCUCCAGCCACAGAGCAGAACCAUGAAACUGUACGUCAUCUUCUUCCUGGCAGUGGUGAACAGAGGGACCUCUAACAAUCAGCCCAGAGAGGGGAUGCCCUGUGAAAUGGCAAACUUGCAGGCAUUUUGCCACAACAAAGACCUCCACCAAAUCCCUCGUGAGCUCCAUCCGAAUGUAAACAAAAUAGAUCUGUCUGGAAAUCUGAUUCAAAGCAUCCCUGAAAUGCCAUUAUCAUUCUACACUUCCCUCCAGUGCCUGGAUUUAAGCUCUAACCAGAUAAGCUUCAUCACACCUGGAGUCUUUGCACACAUGACAAGUUUGCUGGAAAUAAAUUUAGCCAACAAUCACUUGUAUGAACUUGCUCAGAAUGGGGCAGAGGGGAUUGGACAUUUACCCAAGGUGGAAAUACUGGACUUGUCCCACAACAGUCUGUACAAUGGGAUGGCUGAAUAUUUCAUUAAACAAGCUCCAGCACUGCGGUAUCUUUCAUUGGCAGACAACAGUAUUAUAAUGAUAUCACACAAGAUGUUUCAGGGAUCUCCCAGUCUCGUGGAGAUAGAUCUUCAGAGUAAUAUCAUCAUGGAAAUAGAAGAAGGUGCUUUUGAGACUCUAGUGAACCUUUCCAAACUCAAUCUCUCCAUGAAUUCAAUUACUUGCAUCUCUGAUUUCAACCUCAAGCAGCUGGAGAUACUUGACCUUAGUAGGAACAGCAUUGAGACCUUCCACACCGCAGAGUCAGAUGAUGAAUAUAGCUUAAGAUGUUUGGAUCUGAGUGAGAACAAACUGCUUCACUUCCCAGUAUUCCCCCAGGUAAAUAAGCUGGUAACUCUGAAUUUAUCAAAGAAUCUAAUCCAGCUCACUGCUGAAUCCCCUCAUAAUAAAAUGGACUAUAUGGAAAAUGAAUGGCUAGAUGCUUCUUUUCAUCUUCUUGAUCAGAAGCAAAGUAGAAACAAAAGUUCUCUUUAUUUAUCCCAGCUUGUAUAUUUAGACUUAAGUUAUAAUGAAAUCAAAUCCAUUCCGGAUGAGUUCUUUGAAUCGAUGUUGUCUCUUCACACCCUUAAUCUCAGUAAAAACUGUCUUCAGGCAUUUGCAGUAACUUAUGACAGUGCGUUGAUCUCCCUAACAGUCCUUGACUUGAGCUACAAUGCUUUGCAGAACCUUCUCCUAGAUGCUGGCAUGUUGUCAAAUUUGAAGGAGCUCUAUGUUCAAAGCAACCACCUUCAGACUCUGCAAUUUGAUAUCUUCUCAAGUCUUCCUAGCCUCAGACUGCUUAAUCUACAGGGCAAUAAUAUCAGCCUUUGCAGCAUGUACUCAGGAUUAGCUAAGCAAAGACUUGCUGGAGAGGAAAGUGGUUGUGUAUCAUUUGUUGAUUCUUCUACUCUUCAGUACUUGUACCUAGCUGACAACAUGCUGAACAUCCUUCCAGCAUACACUUUCUACAAGACUUCUCUCAUUGUCUUGGAUCUCUCCAUGAACCCUGGACUGAAAAUAGAAGUUAAAGCAUUAUCAGGACUGGAAAAGUCUCUGGAAUAUUUGUAUCUACAUGGCAAUAACCUGAUAGAAUUAAAUAUUGACUUGCCUUGUUUUAGUCACCUUAAGCAUUUAAACCUCUCUGAAAAUCAGCUGAACUGGCUGCCUAAGUGGGGUAGUGACUCUUCACUGGAAGUUCUGGAUUUACGGAACAAUAGGUUUAGUACAUUACAGAACAGUAAUAUUUUAGCAUUAGAAAAUUCCCUUAAAAACUUGUAUCUCACUGGGAACCCACUCAAUUGCUGUGGAAACAUCUGGCUCUCAUCAAUGAUCCAGAACAAAAAUGUCCAGAUCCCCAACGUGGAGCAUUUAACGUGCCAGUACACUCAGAACUUUGGGUACCAGGAAGAAAUGCAUAUUGGGAACAUCAGACCAGAAGACUGUGAAAAAGAGGAUCUGAAGAAAAUCAACUUCCUUAUUAUAUUAACAUUUGUGUUGGUUUUAUCCGUGAUCAUCAUUGGCGUGGGUUCAUUUUUUUGCUUUCGCAGGCAAAACUUUAGCCAUCAGUUUAAAGCAUAGGAACACAAAAUGCCUUGAAAACUGAAGAAAUCAGGUGCUACACUGCCAGUGUGUAGAAAUGAAGGGCAAAAUUCUCAUCUUUGAUUUUUAACUGUGGAUUUUAAGACAGUUUUAAAGCGCCCCUGAACUGCACCACUAUCGUGCUCUGGGUGGCAGGGACGGAAAGCAGAAUUUGCCAUGUUUUGCACUUGCUUCAUUCACAAGCAGAUCUGCCUAAAAAGUUUAUAUAGUGGUAGAAGAGGCCACUGUAAAGACCUGCUGGUGUUUUGAGGAAUGCGUAAUUUAAACUAGUCUGAAAGAAAAAGAUCUCUAAGGUCUUGAGAGUUGUCACUAAGAGAUACUUUGUGAUGUCACCUUCACAGAAAGACUUUAUGCAAAUUGAGCGUUUUAACAGAAUCACCUUUUUAUAACAGUCAUUGAUGACAUCAACUGAGCUGGAAAGCCUUUCUCAAAGUUAUGUGCCUCCAUGAGAUAUUUUGAUUUGGUCUGAGCUUUGCUUUUUCCUACCUGGUUAACUCCUAAACCUUCUUAAACCGAAAUCAGAAAAACCUACACCAAGGCAGGCCAAAGUACAAUCUUUCACUCCUUGAAGAUGGUUGCAAAUCUCCCAUGAGUUCCAAAACAAUGAGAAAUUAACUAAAAAAAUAAAUUACAGUCUGUGUCUGUUGUGCUCAUGGCCACCACUUAGAAAAUCCAUGGCUGACCAGAGGAACCAAAGACCUUGGUGGUAGGAACCUCUUUGGAUAUCUCAUUUUGCUUGUAGUAUGUUGCUCCAGACAUUGGGGCAAGACAUGAGAGGUAGAGGAGGUCCGUUAGUCUUGGUGCUUAACAUCAACGAGGGAUGCAAGAGAAAUCUCAGGCAUGAAACAGCUGCACUGUACGUUACCCAGAUCUGCACAGGAGGUCACAGGUCCACAGUUCAACUCAAAGAGGAGAAAUUUGCCCCUCACGUGCAAUAGAUAUUUAACUGGGUUUAAUGUGAAGAAAUUCAACUCUGGGGUGAACACUUUUUAAAAGAAAAAUCUUGGAGAAUGAAUUUCAACUAGCUAACAUUGGACUGAAAUGUUUAUAUUUCUAAGGAAAACUGUUGGGAACUCACUGCAUACAGUCAAAUUUCAAUGCAGAAGAAUAAUAUAUCUAUUUUUAAAGGUCACAGGAGGUUAGACAGCAAAAAGGUGUUUUAAAGAUACUGGUAUGAAACAAUACACAGGGAACGUAGUCCUGGGCCAUUAUGCAGUUCAGAUGUCCACUGUCUCUCCCUAAAAAGAUAUUAUGGUCUAGAGGACUGGCUGCAAUAAAAGUAUAGAUCCUCAUUCUGUCAUGAAUGAGGUGGCUGACCUGUUGUGUUGUUAAAAGCUGACACUGACAUAUGUUAUGUCCUGUACUCUGACAGCAAAUUCACCCUUUUGAAGUGAAGAAAACCUCACCAACAGUGGGAACCUGACCUACUAACGAGGUUAAAUGGCUUCGAAAGAAGCUGUAUCAGGUUUUCUGUUAAUGUCAGGAACCGUACAUUAAGGCACAUAAGAGAAACAGAGGUCAAAACAAAACCUGUUCAGGUAAAUAACUCAAAUUGCUGCUCAAUUUCUGUUUCUUCCAGCUAGUGAAUGUCAAAAUUAACACACUACAAAAAGGUGCAUAAUUCUAUUUUUAAAACAGUUAUGUAAGAAACUGGCUGGUAGUUUUCAUUGUGGAAUUUUGUACAAUAAAAACACCUUUGAAUUUUGUAAAAAUCACAGGGAUGUGAAUAUAUUAAAGCACCAGCUUGGAAUGCUCCACAGAUGAAAA